AUGCUUCGCGAGAUAAACAACCCGAAGUCCUCCUGGUACAUCGAAAGAGGCGGUAUUCGAAAGAUAAUCUCGGCGUGCAUACAAGCCAUUGUUGACGACGUUGGCUGGAUCUGGAUCGACACAGUCUGUAUAGAUAAGUCAUCAUCAGCGGAGCUUCAGGAAGCCAUAAACUCUAUGUACGGCUGGUACGAACGGUCCCGAAUCUGCUACGCAUUCUUAGACGACGUUUCAUGUUCAGCGACAGUGGGAACGUCCGAGACUGAACUUGAGACGGUUUUGUCUCUUAGCGAAUGGCAGACACGAAGUUGGACUCUCCAAGAAUUUCUUGCACCUGACAGAGUCGACUUCUACAACUGCAACGACACGUGGAGCUACCUCGGCAGCAAGUAUGCCACAAGUACACGGACCAAGGAACUGGAGCUUGAAAACAGCAAGCUCAUCACGAGGCACGCGACCUUCAGCCGUUUGACGGGCGUUCCCCUGGCGGCUGUCGAAAAAGAGACCCCGCUGAGGGAGUACAGUAUAGCACAACGAUUCUCCUGGGCGGCCAAGCGAAAAGCAACGCGCUCUGAAGAUCGAGCCUACAGCCUGAUGGGGCUCUUCGACGUCAAUAUACCCAUGCUGUACGGCGAGGGCCCCAAGGCCUUUCGUCGUCUGCAACAGGAGAUCCUAAACCAGAGUCGCGAUCAUUCUAUACUGGUCUGGGAUGGUGCGCAGACAGGCGCCACGUGGGAUCGCAGUAUCUUUGCUCCCUCGGUGGACUGUUUCGCGGACUCGGGGCAAAUUGUUGAUCUCCGCACUCACAGAGCACCGGUACAACUGACCAAUGCAGGUCUGCGUAUUUCUCUUCCCUACGUUGCGGUCGAAUCCAGCCGUUCUUCACCCUAUUCACGGAGAUGCCUUGCCUUACUGGACUGCCGCUUCGAAGACGAUAUCACCAAGACAAUAGCCUUGUCGCUAAGCAAGAUCUACCCCGACACAGAGGAGGAGGUAGUUCUGGAUUCCCAAUCCAGCCAACGCACCUACACUGUUGUCGAGACCGACUUAGCAUCAAGGGAGCAACUUGAAUGGCGGGACUUCGUGAUCGUUGAGAAACGCUUUUACCUUUCUGAACGCCGUGAAAGAUUGCAAAUUUCAACGACGACUGAUCAUGGCCUCUGGUUAUGGCUUGUUCCAAAUGUUGAAGGUCCCGAAGCGGUACUCGAAGGACUUCGCCCGAAGGCCUGCUGGAGGAACCUCGGCACCACUCUGACGUCUGCCGCACCUCUCGAGAAGGCAUCCGCGGAAAUACUGACGGGGAACCAGGAACGCAUAUCAUUCCAGAUGCUUUAUCCGUCACUUGGUCUGCAGACGACUGUGACUAUCGCAUUUGAGUCGGAAGAUGGAGGCGCAAUCCUGAUAGAAGAGUUCUCCGCGUCUUCUCCCAAUGAUACCGUCGCCGACGAGACUCCUAGACCAAUUGACGCCGGCUUAUGGCAGAUCAUGCCGGUAUACGCCUCGAAGAUCGUCCCUGGUACUGAAUGGAUCCUACACGUCCUAAUACGGUACCAAGAAAUGCUCAACGAAGAUGUCACGAUCAUUCAUGUCUGCACGACGAGACGAGACGAGGAGAUGGAAGAGGAUGUACAGAAAUCCCGACGAAAACCCAUGGACGCUGGUGCAAGGGCGCUGAGAAGCCUACUUGAACAGCUACCUGUCGAGAAAUCGGCACAGGCGCAUGACGUAUAUGUUCAUGACUCCGAAUCAGACUGGUGA